UUGAAGGCUCAGCACUUCCUGCUCGUCCUCCUCGCUGCUCAGAGACUCAGGAGAGUGAUUUCCAGCUUCUUCUCUGCUGCCUGCGCCACUUCUUUCAUGUACUCUGUGAGCAGGAGCCACAUCUAUGCUGCCAAGGUUGUGCCGGGGUCUCUGUGUCUUCCUCCUCUGUCAGAUCUGCUCUGUGAAACCCGAUUCUGAAGAAACAUGCCAUAAAUUCACAGACCUGAAUUUACAAGAUGCCAUAGUCGGAACGGAUCUUCACGUGCAAUUGUUAUUAUACACCAGAGACAAUGCAAACUGCUCAUCGGAUCUUAACAAGGAGAAUGCCACGGCUUUUAGGUAUCUGGAUGUGUCAAGGAAGACCAUUUUUAUCACCCAUGGAUACAGGCCGACUGGGUCUCCUCCUGUCUGGUUAGAUGAACUUGUUCAGAAACUGCUCGCCGUCGAUGAUUUCAAUAUAAUCCUAGUUGACUGGAACCGAGGUGCCACCACACUGAUCUAUCACAAUGCUGCCGCGAAAACCAGGGAAGUGGCAGACAUAUUGAAAAGCCUCAUUGAUGAAAUGUUGAGCCAAGGGGGAUCACUGGACUCCAUCUACAUGAUAGGAGUCAGCCUUGGGGCGCACAUUUCCGGGAUUGUUGGGAAAAUGUACAAUGGUUCAAUUGGCCGAAUUACAGGACUGGAUCCUGCUGGACCUUUGUUCAAUGGGAAACCGCCUGAAGAAAGAUUGCAUUAUACUGAUGCAAAGUUCGUAGAUGUCGUUCAUUCUGACAUUGAUGGUCUAGGCUAUCGGGAAAAUUUAGGACAUAUUGAUUUCUACCCCAAUGGAGGAACUGAUCAGCCGGGUUGUCCAAAAACCAUAUUGUCAGGUUCUGAAUAUUUCAAGUGUGACCACCAGCGCUCCGUGUUUCUGUACAUAUCAUCCUUGACUGAGUCCUGUAGCGUUUUGACAUUUCCCUGUGAAAAUUACAGAGAUUAUAGAAUUGGAAAAUGUGUGGAUUGCCAGGAGUUUGCACCGCUCAGCUGCCCAGUUUUAGGUUUUUAUGCUGAUAAGUGGAAAGAUUAUCUGGUGGCGAAGAAUCCUCCAGUGACGAAAGCUUAUUUUGACACGGCUUCGAAGAAACCAUUUUGCAUAUUUCAUUAUUUCUUGGAAUUCAUCACAUUAAAUGCUGAACCACAUAGUGGAUACAUCACCAUCAAGCUUGAGUCUACAUCGGGAAAUGUUACAGAAUCAAAGCUUAACCAAGAUGCUAUCACAUAUGAACAAAAUAAAGAAGUUACCUUACUGGCCAAGUUUGAUAAUGAGUUUGAAGAGAUUUCAAAAGUUUCUUUAAUGUUUACCACCGGUUCCUUCAUUGGACCAAAACACAAACUGCGAGUUAUGAGGAUGAGACUGAGAUCUUCUUUGCAUCCUGACAGGGAAAUACUCUGCCGCUAUGACUUCGUCCUUCCUGAAAAUGUUGAAAUAGAUUUCAUGCCUGUUCCAUGUGAAAACUCCAAUAUUUUUUCCUCCUAUUGUGGAGCAAAUGGAGGUGAAUGAUCUGAAUGAGACAAUAUUGUCCCCCCCCUUCUACCCAAGAUGGUGAAUGCACUUUAUGACAGUAUUGACCAUCGUUAAAAGGAAGAUGGAAUCAGCCGUUGUAUUGAGCACCGGGAUGCAACACUAGCCUUACCCCGAAAUAAUGCAUUCCUUUAUGAAGGCUUGGAUAUUUUCAAGGACACUAGUGCUUUUGAGACUGCAGGAAUGGCAUGGAUUUAGUCAUUUUUCUAUAUUGUUAAUUUGUAUAAAUAAUGUGAAAAUUAUGUGAUUUUUAUAAUAUAGAAAACUAAACUAUUUCAGCAAAUAUUCUAUUUUUAAUAUGAAUAAGUUAAUUGGAGUUUAUUAAUUUUGCUUUCAGUGCAGAUUCUAUCUCUAUGCCUCUCUAUCUAUAUCUAUAUCUAUAUCUCUAUCUAUAAUCAGGAAAAAAUUCCACAGC